GGACGUUAGACGCGGAGCCCCGGCCCCGCCGCCGUCCGGUGGCGGCAGGAGCGCCUGGUGUGGAGCCGGGGGAGGCUGCUCGCCUGGCUGCUGGCUGUCGCGGGGGUAGGGAAGGGCGGCAGCCGGGGCAGAGCGGAGCGGUGGAAGUUUCCGAGUAGGUCUUUGGCUAAAAAUGAGUGGUGGGUUGGCACCAAGCAAAAGCACAGUGUAUGUGUCCAAUUUACCCUUUGCUUUGACAAACAACGAUCUGUACAGGAUAUUUUCAAAGUAUGGGAAAGUUGUCAAAGUUACUAUUAUGAAAGACAAAGACACCAGGAAGAGCAAAGGAGUUGCCUUUAUUUUGUUUUUGGAUAAAGAAUCUGCACAAAACUGUUCUCGGGCACUUAAUAACAAACAGCUGUUUGGAAGAGUAAUAAAAGCAAGUAUUGCCAUUGAUAAUGGAAGAGCAGCAGAAUUCAUUCGCAGGCGUAACUAUUUUGAUAAGUCUAAGUGUUAUGAAUGUGGGGAAGCAGGACACUUAAGUUAUGCUUGUCCUAAAAAUAUGCUAGGAGAGCGGGAGCCACCAAAAAAAAAAGAAAAGAAGAAGAGAAAGAAAAUAGUUGAGCCAGAAGAAAUCGAGGAGGAAGAAGAAAGUGAGGAGGAAGGAGAAGAUCCUGCUCUAGAUAGCCUCAGCCAGGCCAUAGCUUUUCAGCAAGCCAAAAUUGAGGAAGAACAACAAAGAUGGACGCAGACUGCAGGGGAAUCUUCAAUUUCAGAUGAUUCAAAACGUCCACGGAUUAAGAAAAGUGCUUAUUUCAGUGAUGAGGAAGAACUUAGCGAUUGAAAUAAUACUGUUUUAUAUGCAUAUAUAAUAUAUAUAGUGUACAUUUUGUAAAGUCCUACAAAGUUAUCAGUAAUACAGGUUUGUCUUGGUUUGAAGACACUUACUGAAGAUCAUUUUCCCCCGAACCUCCUAUCUUUUGAUAUCUCUCUUUCAAAACUUCACCUUUCGAGGCAGCUUCUUGAGAAAAUGAUGUGUUUCUAUGCUUAAAUCUAGAAAAAUAUCUGGGAGAGUGCUUCUUGUAGUUAGUAUCUAGACCCAAACCCUGGGAGUGAAAUCUUUCAUAAAAGAAUUUCCCAAGAUUUUUUUCCUAAGAUGAGUUCCUCUUAGGAUCACUGUUAGCACCACUGAUGCUUUAUGUAUUAGUCUGGUUUUUGCCUGUUUGGAAGCAGUGCUUUAGUGGUACUUUACUAGUAUAUGAAUCUUGCACUAGUUCCUCUGCAUAGGGUUGAAUUUCAGCCUUAAGCAUUGUACUAGUCUUUUAACUCUUCAUGCAGUAAUAAAAUAAAUUACUGUCACAUCAGCUUGAUCUGUGAAAUCAUUCUAGACUAAACAAUGCAUUUGUCUGUUUUCCAAGAGGAUAUUAAGAUGUUGUUCUUGCAUCUUAUGCACAGUUUUAGUAAAUUGCUGUAUACUUCAUAGUAUUAUAUAGCCUGUAUAAAAUAUAGGCUUCAUAGGAGAUGCAAGUUAAAAGUGAUGUGGUAAUUAGUUUAGUCUUGAAACAUACUUAAUAUUUUUUUAAGAAUGAUAGUUCUGUUGCUCUUGCAUUAAAAAUGAGAAUGGCCUUAGGUUUUAAAAAUGGGAAUGUGCAUAUGUUUUAAUAUGCUCUAAUCUGAUAUUGAAGGAUUCUUGCUGUGGUAAGGGCUUAUAUUGCACUGUUUCUCCUGACUGCAGUUUGGGUGCCUAACAUGGUAAUUAUGGUUAUGCACGGGGUUUUAAAUAUACUUGUGUCUUAACAUGGAUCACAGUCCAAUGUUCUCAGGUAUCUGAACCUGCUGGCAAAAUCUAAAAGGCAUAAAGUUUCCUGCAUGCUUAAAAAUCAGCUUUCAUGUAUACUAGGAAGUGUCAUGGUCUCUAAGCAGUGUGUUGGUGCCUAUUUUGCACCUAAAGCUGUUCAGAUCUUUUUGCAUAGGGUUUCCAUCCUUAAAUCUCUGUAGGGUGCUAGUCACAUUCUCCUAAAAAGCCUCAUAGACACAUUAGGAGAACAGUACAAAGCCUUGCAGCAGUGAUCACUCCCAAAACCACAGACACACAGUGAUGGUGGUAACCCUUUUGUAUUGGCCACUUUGUGUAGUCAAACUUUUGAUUUUUAGGAGGCACAAUAUAAAACACGUUCACACUUUCACACUUGGAAGAAGAGACCAGCUGGCCUCUGUUUCUAUUUUGAGCUCUUCCUGUUGGUUAUUGAGACUUGGGUUUUUUCCAAAUAUAGAAAAUGUAAAUCCAAAUAUACCAUUAUGUAUUCUUAACCAGUUUACAUUCAAAUAUAUAACUGGGUGCAAAGCAAAGAGAGACACACACACACACACAAGACACCCUGUAAGCUAGUAUAAAGCAGUCCUCUAAGCUGAUAUGAAGCAGUCACAUUCAGAAGGUCGUUCUGGGGUCUUCUGUUGCUACUUUUACAAGAAUUCAGAAACAAGAAUAAGGUAAUAAAGUAAAAG